AUUUCGACCACAUUCCCUCGCUUCCAGAAGCCACACAAACCAUUUCUUCACCACACCAGCACAGCACGCGCCGCCAUCUUCCGACUUGUGUCUCUCUGAACCAUUCGGACGACUUUUCGCUGCUUGACCCAUCCGAGUUUACAGGAUUUUCAGCGGCUCUUUUCCGUGACCACCACCACAUACCACUUCCUUAUGUCUGCUGCGUCUGCCGCGUCUCCCGCUUUGGUGGGGGCCUCUAGCGCUCGCCUUCAGCCCGCUGGCUCCAUGGCCGCGAUGCGCGUACCGCCAGGAUCGCUCCUGCCGCCCAGACUGGGACCGCUCGGCGCGCUCUUCACUUCGUCGCGCUUCCUGUUAUACAACCGAAAGUCCUCAUCAUUCAACCCUCGCUCCAAUCUCCAAGCCGUAGCGCCCCAGGCACAGCCGCAGGCUAGCAUCGCAAUGGUCGCCGACCAAUCGCGAGACAGCAGUGGUGACAGUAUCGACGACGGGAUUACCGGUGAUGAGGAGUUGGCGGCGCGGCGAAAGCAGUGGGACGAGGAGCGGAUGCGACUGAUUAAAGACGCGACGGCCGCCGCGGUGGCGUCGUACGAGGAGCGCAUCGCGCGGAUCGAGGUGGAUCAGACGGCUGAGAUGGCGACGAUGCGACGAGUGGCGGAGAUCGAAGGGCAGGUCAUGCGACGACAGUCGCAGGAGAUGCGGGAACUGAGGGAGGAAAUCGAGGCACUCACAAACGAGUUGGUCCUGACGAAGGAGGUCACUGAGCACGUGAUAAAGCAGCGGAGCCGCCGUGAGGAAGAACUGGAGGAGAUUAAAGCACAGGUCGGCGCGCAGAUUAAGAAAAUCGAGGAUGAGAGGGCUCUCUACUCCGGUGCCAGGAAGGCCUUGGCCGCGGAGUGGGGCAAAGUGAGAGAGACGCGGGAAGAGCUGGAGAGGAAAGAGGGAGAGGUGGAGCAGGAGAAGCGGGCGCUAAGAGAAUUAGUUGCAAGGGUAGAGGAGGAGGAGAAGGAGGAGGAGGAGGAGGAGGAGGAGGAGGAGGAGGAGGAGGAGGAGGAGGAGGAGGAGGAGGAGGAGGAGGAGGAGGAGGAGAAAGAAGGGGAGGCGGAGGGGGAGAGGCAGGCGGAAGAGUGGGCGCGGCUGCAGGGGGAUGUGAGCAGGGCGGAGGAGCUGCAAAGGAGGGAGCGGGAGGAGCGAGAGGAGCGGGAUGCAGGGGCGGAGUCAGAGACUGCUGUCUGGCUUUCCGCUGCUUUGCAUAGAAUGAAGACUGAGCGCGAGCAGCAUCAGCCGGAAGUGGCAACAGCCAUGGCAACGGCCACAGACCUCUCAGCCCGCGUGGCCUCCUUUGAGUCCUCCUUGCUGGAGGUUCGCCGAGCCAUAGACACCACCAGAGCUGCUCUCUUUCGGGCCAAACUCCGGGCAGAAAAAAAAACAGCGGUUGUGGGUGACCUCCGCUCGCAGCUGGAGAAAGUGGAGCAGGAGCGCGAGUCGGUCGAUGUUGAAACUUUUCGCGAGCUGACCGUACAGUUGGUCGAUGCGAGGAGAAUUCUGGAAGAGGCGGAUCGGCAGCAGAAGGAGAUGGCUUUGCUACUGGGAAGAAUGACGGAUGAGAUUCCGGCAUUAGAAGCGCAACUGUCUGAGGCUCGGGAUGCCCUUGCAGAGGAAAGGGAGGCUCGGGAGCAGGAGGUUCGGAAGCUACGAGAGUCUGUGGCUGUGGCUCGGGCCGAAGCUGCGGAGGCUAGGGUCAGAUCCGUUCGGGCCGAGGCUCCUCUUGUUGCAGCUGUGGAGGAGGUAUGGAGACGGCACAAGGCGGAGGUUCAGGAGCUGGAGGGAAGAUUGGAGAAACUUGUGGUUCGGGAAAUCGGGGCUAGGAGGCUGCAGGGCCUACAAGAACAGGUUGACUACUAUGUUGCCGAGAUCAAUAAGGUGGAUAAAGCAGCAGAACGAGCUGCUACAAGGUACAUGUGAUGUGAUUGAAUGCUUCUUGUGGCUUUGGAUAGCGACCUGUUUAGUGGGGCUUGCACUGCACACCUUUUUUAUUUGUUGUGGCUUUGAAGAUGUGUUACCAGUGUGGAUGCUGCACAUGGUUGUAAAUGGGUUUCUAUGAGUAGGUAAAUAGCAGCAAAAGCUGCACAUGUGAAAAGGCUCGUUUAAGUGGCAUCACGGCAAGUUUGCAUUAGGAUUUGUAUUGGGACGAU